UAAUGAAAAGGCGUCUAAACAGCAACCGACGCAGAAAGUAAAACUACUUCAAUAAUAGUGUUGGCGACAGUAGCAUAGACAAGUCAACAUGGCUGAUUCACCAGCUGAUGGUGAUGGAGGAACGCCGGGGAAGAGUCCUGCCUCAUCCAAGCUGGACCAAUUAUCAAGGGAAGAUAUGACAAAGUUUGUCAAGAAGCAGAUGUUGAUGUUACAAAAGAGCAAAGUCAAGAUUGACGAAUUGACAAAGAAAAUGACCGAACUUGAGGCAAGCAAGUCGUCGGGCGGGGAUGAUGCUGCACAGAAGGAUAAAAUUCAGAAGCUAGAGGAGGAGCUGAAGACACUGGAGCAGGAGAAGGCAGACAUGUUGUCAGCUUACCAAGCCGUACAGCAAGCCCAGGAACAGUCCAUUUCUAAGUUUGAGAAUUUGAGCUGGAGUUUUCAUGGAGUUCUAGCUAGCUGUCCGCGGUCUCCUGACUCCAAACCACCCACCUAA